AUGCCAUGCCCCGUCCCUCUGCAGAGCCUGAGACAAGACACAUGGACAUGGCUCAUGCAGCCCCUCGCUGGCAUGCAGAUGCAAUCGCCUCCCCAUUGGGCGCGAUCGAUCACCAGGCACACGCUGAUCAACAUCUCCAACCACUCGCACCAGCCCCCUGCCUCACCGACAAUAUGGCGAAAUGCCACCUUUCUCCCUCUCAAAUACUUGUCCACGUCGCUCUCCGGGUGUCUUGACAGCGUCUGGUUCCUUCACGUGGUCUCAAUCUCUGCCGCGAACGGGCUGCGGUUUGUUACCCCUCAAUGGUAUGAUGAUGCCGGCAGCUAUGCAAUGCAGGAUGACAACGCUUCGUUCAAUGCUCUCAACUCUCGUUAA